UGAUUAUAUAAAGGGAAGAUUUAUAUUUACAUAUUACAUUAUUGAAACACAAUACUGUUCGAACACUAUUGACAUUAAACUGAAUUUUUCAUUUCUACAAAAUGAAACAUUUUAUUGUUUUUGUGGUAACCGUUGUGAUAUUUGUUGAAGCUCAUGAAACCUGUGGUGUAAUUCCAAUAUCUGAAUGGGGUGGAGAAUCCUCGUAUCGUAAACAGAUUCUCCAGAAUCCUGUAAAGCUGGUGAUCAUACAACAUACAGAGAGCCAGGAAUGCAAUACUGACGACCGGUGUCAGACUAUCGCGAAAGGGAUCAGGAAUUACCAUAGAUUCGAAAAGGGAUUCGAUGACAUAGGUCCAUCUUUUCUAAUUGGUGGCAAUGGAAAAGUUUACGAAGGCGCUGGAUGGAACCGAGUCGGAGCUCAUACAAAGCUAUACAAUAAUCGUUCAAUAGGGAUCUCUUUUAUGGGAAACUUUCAAAACAAAUUGCCCACCACAGAGGCGCUGCAAGCAGCACACAGUCUGAUAUCAUGCGGCGUGACAAAUAUGUAUUUGUCUGAAGAUUAUCAGCUGGUAGGCCAUCAGCAAGUGUUUUCUACACUAAGUCCUGGAAGAGAGUUACAGGCAAUUGUAAAAACAUGGCCGCAUUGGGUGCAAACUGUUUUGUAGCUUUGUUCAAGGUCUUAAAAUUAUAUUAUUUAUAUUAUUAUCUUAUUGUAUUAUAAUUAAUUUCAUUGUAAUAGAGAAUUAUUAUAAUAAAUAAUAAUAUUAUAAUAAUUCUAUAUAUAUAUUAUACAACUUAAAAUGGCAAACAAGCUGACGGCCCACCUGAUGGAAAGUGGUAACCGUCGCCUAUAGACAUAGCAGUACCAUGGACAUAACAGAGUAUACUGUUUCGCCCAUGAUACCCGCCAUGCGUUGCCAUUCCUGAGGACUCAGGUGUUAUUCCUCUAUACUCACGGCAUAUCCCACCCUUCAAACCGAAACACAGCCAUGCAAACACAACUGCUUCACUUCAUAUAUAUAUAUAUAAACGUUUGUCUUGACUAUAAUUAAUGCACAGCCCCAAAUCAUAAGAGUUAAAAACUUGAAAUUUUGGCAGGUAAAGCAUUUCAUUUUGUUAACAUCCAUUAGGAACAGAUUUUUGGAAAUUCCACCCCCUAAAGGGGUAAAAUAAAGGAUGAAAGGUUGUAUGGACAUGUCAUUCAAAGUAACACUAAUUAUUAUUUGUUUAAGAAUAUAUUAUUAUUGUUUACUGUUAUUUAAUAAUUUGUCAGUAAAUUAAAUAAAUUAUAUUUAAUUUGAAUAUAUUUUAUAUAUUUACAAUAAUAUUAUUAUCUAAUGUUAUAUUAUUAUUUAUGUAAUUUUAUUAUUUACAUAUGUAGGUAUAUAGAGCUGUUUUUAUUGUAUUAUAUAUUCAAUUUUUUACUGGGUAUUAUUUAGUUUAUCUUUAAUUGUAUGGUUACUACCCUUAUGCAUUCUACAGUUUUCUUUCAGCUACUCAAAGGUUGACUGUAAGAGAUCCCUUUAUACUAUAAGUAUAGGGAUAAGUCCGCCAUUGUAUAUUAAAUCCUUUAAUGUAUUCAGCAUGUUUUUGUACAAUAAAGAUGUUACAAUACAAUACAA